GUUUGCUCGCAGGGAACAACGCAGGCCAAAAGCUGAUAUAAAAAACAUGUUGAAAAAAUUUAUACGAGGCAGUUGUGUCAGGAAAACAUGGACACCUUUCAUGGAACAAACUGACAGCAACCAACUGGAUGGUGGUGGUUUGCUCAGUAAUGGCCUUGACAACUCUGUGGAACAGAUCGUCUUCAACAACCAUGAAGAGCAGCUGUUGCAGCCUGAGGGACAGGACCGUCUUCACAUUUUGGCAUAUAUUUUUGGCGUGCCCCCCCAUGUUACACCAGAGAAAUGUAGUGUUUGGAUAGAUGGAGUAAGGUCUGAUCAUGAUUCAGCAUCAAAAGAUCUGCUGGACAUAUUUAAUAUCAUACAUAUGUACGUGCACAAGCACUUACCAGAUAAACCAGCAGAGGUCGACAGAAACCUCUCAGAACACCUGAUGAAUAUACAGAAAAGCCAGGAACUGCAGUGGUUGGCUGACAAUCCCAACAUGAUUGAAUGGAUGGGACACGUGAUCGACUGCUACCAUCACCACAUAUCACACCACCUGCAGGAUCUGUUCCAGCACAUCAGCUCCUCAAAGGCUUCCUUUGUGCUGGUAAACUGGGUCUUAAACACAUAUCACAGAGAGGAACACCUGGGGUACAAAGAAAACCAUGGCCAAGUUGACCCCCUGCUCUACCCAGAAUUAGCAAACAAAGUACUCGUCAUCCUGCUUAAAAACGUACAGGAAGACGUUGGCAUAAUGCUGGGGAGAAUUUUGGAGGUCGAGGACAGCACAGCACAUUUUGAAAAGGAGGAGGAUUUCAUUCAGAUUUAUAUGUACCCUAUUCAGUGCAUUGACGCCGUGCUCAAACAGGCCAAACAAAUUAGCAGAAAACUGUAUAACCAGGUGCGGGAGAUUUGUUUCUCAGAGCUGCUGAAAUUUGUUGAGAGCUUCCACCAGAAGACAGUUCUUAGAGACCAAAGCAAAUCGGCCAAACCAGAAAUGGCAAAUUUCAUCAGGACAUUGAAAACCUGUGAAGAAUUUAAGAGGUACAUUGAAACUGAAGGUAGAGACAUCAAAACCACUGACCUGGAGAAAACUGUGGCUGUCCUGGAAAAAAUUAAAGAUUUUGCUAUGAAUCAUCUGCUGAAAACAGUGGCUGGACUUGCAGAGGUCCACCUUAAGACUUACUUCAAAUCAGACAGAAAGGAACUCGAGAUCUUACUGGAUGAAGUCAGGAAGAAUUUCCCCAAAAGAUGGUUUUGUACAGACAUUCAAAUGAGCGUGAUAGACGAAGUCUAUAAGAUCAUCGUUCAAGUUUACCUCAGACAUCUUGUCCAACACAAACACACCAAACUGGCAACAAGAUGGCACUGUAAUGUUGGGGAAAGACUGAUGAAAGAUGCUGCACAUCUACACAACAUCAUGUCAGAUCUGGCUCCUGGUGUACAAGACUGGAGCCUCACGCUGGACAAAGUCAAAGACGUAUUUGAUUGCAAAGACAUCAACGCGAUGAAGGACACUGCUGUAGAGAUGCGAGAGUCCAUCACUGAAAGCUUUGGAGAUUGUGAUCAGCGGCUCCUUCAGGCCCUGCUGCUGUGGAAUGGAAGCUUUUCUAAACAGGAAGUCAAAGAUGUGCUUGGCUGCGUGAUUUGUGACCUUCAACCCAGUCGUAGAACCCAGUCCUGCUUCUGCUUCUACUGACGGCUGACGUGUUCUGUUUAGGGUCAGAAAUCAACAAGCAAAGACGACACGACUAAUUGUCCAAAAUGCUAAGCAGAAUUUUUAGAUAGAUAAAUAGAUAGUUUGAUUUAUUGUCAUUACAAGUGCAAUGAAAUUUCUUCACACCCAAUCACCUCAGACAAAAAUACACUUAAUCCACAAUUACUACAAAUUGAACCUAAUAAUGGCACACAUCAGAAUUAAAACAACCAUACAUAUACAUUUGAAUGUUUAUGUACACUAAACUUUAAGACAGUCCAUCAUCCUAAUUGAGGAAACGUGAGUGUGUGUGCGGGGGGGACAGCAGUGUCCCGCAUAGCCGCGAGC